AUGAUCGGUGUUUCUGUGGAUUCGCCCAGCUCGCGGGUGCACAUUUCCAGCCCACGCAGGCUCUUCGUUGGGUCACCGGUGACUCACCAGGUCCUUUGUGAGGUGAGUCCGCCAAAUCUGGACAGGCUGAGCCGCGACGCCAGCUCGCUGUCUGAGGACCUGGACGAGCUCCGCGCCAAGAUCAAGCGCCUGGAUGUGCCAAAGCUGCCCCUGGAGAGCCGAUCCCCGGCGCACUUCACGGUGUCCACGGUGUCCACGGAUCUCAGCCCAGUGGUGGCCAUCAGCGACAAAGUGGAGUGCGUGAAGCACGACCUGGCUACAGAGACACGGCACCGCAUUGCCCGGGACGACGAAAACGGGCAGAGGCUGCAGGUCCUGCAGCAGACCCUGGACGCGAAGAGCAGCCAGCAGCACGAUAUGGAGCUUCACCUGCAGAGGCUGCACCAGUGGAUGCAGAAGCUCGAGCUGCGCAUUGAGGAUGGUGCCAAAGAUCUGAUCUUCCGCAAGGAGACUGAGGAGGCGCUGCGCCGGGCCAUUGCAGAACUCUCGGAGGAGGUGAAGGCGGAGCGAAGGGAGCGGACUUCCCACGACGAGGACCUGUUGCGCCAAAUCUCCAAGGGUGAGGCUCGGCUCGACGACGAGAAGAAGCUGCGCGAGGAAGCGGAUCAGGCCAUGCGCCAGGAGUUCGCAGUAGACCGGGAGGCAGCUCGGAGGUUGGAGCAGCGGUGCAAGGAGGCCUCGGAAGCCUGGGCUCUGAAGUCAACUUCUUUGGAGAGCGGCAUUUUUGCCGAGAAGGCGGCGAGGGAUGCAGAGGUGCGCCGACUUGAUCAAGCCGUGGCUGAGAUCUCUGCCAGCGUCCGUGCCGGUCUGGAGAAGAUGGAGAGGAAGGUCGCGGAUUUGCAGGAGAAGCUUCACAAGGAGUUCGAGGGAAAGUUGAUGGCCCAGAGGAGGACUGCAGACAGCGAACUCGACAAGAAGAUCUCUGACCUCAAGGACACCGUGGAUGCCAACGCAGAGUCCGCUAGGACAGCCCGCGAAGCAAUCCGUGCCGAGAUGGCACGCGAGCGCCAGUCCCGCGAGGCGCAAGCUGAUUUGCUGGCGUCCAACUUCAAGGACAGCUUGCAGGCUAAGCUGGAUCCGCUCAUGGGCCGCAUGUCCGACGUGCAGCGGCGCGCCGAGGAUAUCACCAGCCGAGUUGGCAAAGACCUGGAGGUGGCGCGAGCUGCGCUGGAAAGUCUCAUUAAGGACGAGCAAGAAGCGCGUGAGGCGGCAGUGCAGCUUGCCAAAGCUGCGUGCAAGGAGGAGGCGCAGACGUUGGCCAGCAGCAUUGCAGGCUUGAAGUCCAGCCUCAAGGAUAUCGGGGAGCAGCUGCAAUCGGAUAGCGCCAUGAAGGCGCAAGAGCUGCGCAAGGAAGUCGCCCGGUGCGACGAGAAGAUUCGAGAGCUGCGCCAGGAGAUGCACAAUCGAGCAGAGGACCAGCGCACCAAGGCAGAGAAACACGAUGAAGACGAUCGUGCCAGAGAACACCAGAUCAAACUGAACGAGGAGCGUAUUGAACACGUUGAAGGCUUUGUCCGACGUUUGAAGGAGAGCUGUCGAUGA